AGCAAAAUAAUCGAGAUGCAACCGGCGGAACUGUCGGAAACGGAGGACAACUCGUACAUGUACUUCCGGCAGGAGGGCCUGUUUGCGAAUAGCUUUCCAAAAAUGAAGGAAAUCCGGCGGAUGGGUAAACUUUGCGAUGUUACGCUGAAGGUGGAUUCGCAUUCGUUUUCUGCACACCGCAUCGUGCUGGCUGCAACCAUUCCUUACUUCUACGCAAUGUUCACCCACAAUAUGGCUGAGAGUAGGAUCAAAGAAAUCACAAUGAAGGAAAUCGAACCAAUGGCAUUGGAAAGUUUGAUUAACUUCGCCUACAGUGGUCUAGUCAAGAUCGACACGCAGAACGUGCAGAGCCUCAUGGUAGGAGCGUCCUUUCUGCAGCUAAACGAAGUGCGGGAUGCGUGUGCGAAAUUCCUCAAACGCAAGUUCCACCCGCAGAACGUGUUGGGCAUCCGGCAGUUUGCCGAUACGCUGGGCUGUUCGAAGCUAAUCGUUUCCGCCGACCGGUACAUCCAUCAACACUUCUCGAAGGUGGCCAACGGGGACGAAUUUGUCGCGCUAAGCUACAGCGAGCUGAUUGACGUGAUAAGCCACGAUGAGCUGAACGUGAAGAGCGAGGAGUGCAUAUUCGAGGCGUGCAUGCGAUGGGUGAAACACGAGCAGGAAACUCGCUCCGAAUACCUGCCGCUAAUACUGGCCAACAUCCGGCUGCCCCUGCUUUCGCCACAGUUCCUCGCGGACAACGUGGCCACGGAGGAACUGAUCAAAACGUCCCACAAGUGUCGCGAUCUGCUCGAUGAAGCCCGCGACUUCCAUCUGAUGCCCGAACGGCGCGCGUUGGUAUCGACGACGAGGACGCGGCCGCGAUGUUUCGAUUUCGUCGUCGGGUUAAUUUUUGCCGUUGGUGGGUUGACGAAAAAUGGUGAUUCGGUCAGUACGGUUGAAAUUUACAACCCAGCGGCCAAUGAGUGGAGCAUGGGUGAGGCCAUGACGAUGCUCCGUUCACGGGUGGGUGUGGCGGUGAUGAACGGGAAACUGUACGCAUUUGGCGGGUUUAACGGCACCGAACGGUUGUCGACGGUGGAAAUAUACGACCCACGGCAGCAUCGGUGGUCCCAAGGGACGGCUAUGCGGUGCAAACGUAGUGCAGUCGGUGUGGCCGCCCUGGAAGACUACGUGUACGUGUGUGGUGGAUAUGAUGGCGUUACCAGCCUCAGCACGGUCGAACGAUACUGCCCAAAAACGGACACCUGGAGUAUGGUGGCUCCGAUGAUGAAGUACCGGUCGGCCGGAGGUGUGGCUGCUCUCGGUGGUUACGUGUACGCGCUCGGAGGUCACGAUGGACUCUCAAUCUUUGACACCGUGGAGCGAUACGAUCCCUUUACGGACAGCUGGAUAAAGGUGCUCUCGAUGCUGAAUCGACGGUGCCGACUCGGUGUGGCAACUCUCGGCAACAAAUUAUACGCUUGCGGUGGCUACGAUGGUAAUUCGUUCCUGCGUUCGGUCGAGGUGUACGAUCCGGUAAAGAACAGCUGGUCUCUGAUCGCACCCAUGAACGUGAAACGUAGCCGAGUCGCAUUGGCCGCUAACAUGGGCAAACUGUGGGCCAUCGGAGGGUACGAUGGCGAGUCCAACCUGUCCACCGUCGAGGUGUACGAUCCCAAAGCAAACACCUGGACUUUUGUGGCACCGAUGAAACAUCACGGCGGUGGUGUAGGAUGUGGCGUCAUUCCGACUCCAUUCCAGGAUUGAACGGGGCGCGCACGCUAAUCGCUCCUUCCAGCCGCCUUGACGUGAUGCAUAAGCGGAACAGCAUACGUUCCUUCCUUUCGCCAGGAUCCUUUCCUGUGCUAAAUAGCUACCUCUCUUCCAUGUCUUGCCAGCAUCCUUUCGGGUCUCAGAUUUCAUCCGCCUCUUACGCGUCUUUCACAGAGAGCCCGAAUGUGUGGGGCAACAAAAACGCACGCCAAUCGGCACAAGUAUAGUUGCGUAUAUGCAAACAGGAUCUCGUAUUCGUACUGCUAAAUGUUGUUUGUUCAAAAUUAGCGCAAUCUAGUAAAUUAUUAUACCACGCAUCGUCCUAUCACGGGCAGCAAUGGGUUACGGUGCAAGCAUUAUGGUAAAUAGUUUCGUGUACUCUAAAAAUUGUCUAUUACAUAAAGGGGUUAAUAUGGCUUACGUAGAAUAAAAAAUUCCCCUGCCUGUUUUAGCGGCAUUUACGUUUAUGCCAAAUAAAAUAUUCCAGCUCGUUUGCCUUUCGGGGUGAGAUUUGUUAGCUUGAUCCACGUUUUAUUGAUUGCCGACGCAACGUUAUGAGUUAGACUGAUAACACACGUAUUGUACCAUCCAUCACAUCCCGUAUCGUCAUUGUACCACACAAUGUAGUGACAUAAAAG